GGUUCUGGAAAUAAAGAUCGAAGAAAGGAAGAGCACAUUCCAUGGCAAUGGCAGAGCCAGAAACGAGGAAGAGGAAGAUGGGGGACAGAAGAGAAGCACCGAAGGCGACGAAGUGGCCAACUAUCAAACCCAAACAGAAUCUCCAUGUUACCCGCCUCAAGGACACCGAUCUAUUCACCGUGCAGGAUUUCUUUACAUCUGCAGAAUCAAAGGCAUUCAUUAAAGUUGCAGAAUCAAUUGGGUUUGCCCACCAAGGAAGUCUUGGUCCAACACAUGGUGAAGCUUAUCGUGACAAUGAUCGAAUGUCUGUGAAUGAUCCUGCUCUUGCUGAUCAAAUAUGGCAGUCUGGACUCAGCAAAUUAUUUUCUGACGUUAAAAUUCGGGGGAAGUUUGCUGUUGGCUUAAAUCCUAACAUCAGAUUUUACAGGUACAAGCCAGGUCAACGGUUUGGACGGCAUGUUGAUGAGAGUGUUGAUCUUGGAGGAGGGAAGCGCAGCCAUUAUACUUUGUUAAUAUAUUUAAGUGGUGGUUCUAAGCCCAAAGCUAAAAAUGAUCCAAACAACCCCAAGGAUUCUGGAUCAGAGCCCCUGGUUGGGGGGGAGACUGUCUUCUAUGGUUCAAGAAAUAGUAUUGUAGCUGAGGUGGCUCCUACUGAAGGAAUGGCCCUUUUGCACAUUCAUGGAGACAAAUGCAUGCUUCAUGAAGCCCGAAAUGUUUCCAAGGGUAUCAAGUAUGUCUUCCGUUCAGAUGUAGCUUUUGCUUGAGUGCCACUAGAUCAUAAUCAUUGCUGUCCUCCUUCCUCAUAAGUACUAAUAGCAUACAUUUCAUGGCAUUUCUGGCUUUGCCAAAGUCAAGCUAAGUUGUAUUUCUUACCUUUCCUACCUGAUCAAGAAUUUACAGAAGAUGAACACUAAACAGUUUCUUCACUUUAUCAAAAUACGGUGAGAAAGGCGAUUCUGAUACGAUGACCUGUUUUUUAAUUUUCUAGCCGAUGCAUGCUAAAUUGUUGCUAGAUUAUAUCAUUACAGAAAGGCAACAAGACUCUUUGUAAAAUGCCAUGCAUUUGGAAUGAUCAGCAAUUUCCAGGU